AAAAACAGCGAGGACUACACAGAUUAAUUAUAACGAUUUCGAUCAGCAUCGUGUUCAGUUCUCCACUAAAAAUCAACAGCUCUCAGCCUUAGCAAUGAUGGGAAAAUUCAGCUAUCUGUUCUGCAUUUGCCUGGCGUUGACUGGCGCCACUUGGGCCAUUGAGCUGCAGCCGGAGCCGGAUUAUGGACCAGUUGCCUACGAGUUCCACUGGGCUGUCAAUGAUCCACACACCGGCGACAUCAAGAGCCAGAAGGAGACACGCAAGGACGAUAAGGUCGAGGGUCAGUACACGCUGAUCGAUGCCGAUGGCUAUCAACGCAUUGUGGAUUACACCUCGGAUGCUCACAACGGUUUCAAUGCUGUCGUCCGCCGUGAGCCGACAGACAUUAAGAUUCCACUGCCGACCAUCGAGAAGAAACUGAUUGCCACCAAGAUUGUGGCCCCGGUGCUUCCUCUCGUUCACUACGCUCCCAAGGCCAUUCUGAAGACCCAGGAAGCACCCGAGGGCAACUACGUGUCGGUGUCGGGACCCACGGCUCAAUACAAAUACUAGAAAACCAUCUCAGCAAACUGAUUAUCUCACAACAUCAUGAACUGAGCACAAGAACGAAGAGGAAGGAGAGAUGAAAGUGGAAGAGGAAUAUCUCCAACGGUGCCAACCAUUCGCAUUCCCAACUCGCAAUCGCAUACAUCAUAAUAUCAUACGUUUAAGUUAUAUACAUACAUUACUUGAUAUCACACACACAUUGUAAAGAUGCAUCACAUACAUACUCUUAAUCACAUGCUUACAUCAUAAAUAUGCAUAAAAUUACAUUGAAUCU